CAAGCCCCCCAGGUUUUUAAGAAUGACUUUCCCGGCCGUGGGAACUGGCGCUUGCUUCAUUCAUUGCCAAGGGCUUCCUCGAUGGCGGGGCUGCGCUGGCUCUCUCUAGUCUGGCUACUCCUCCUGGUUCUCCUCCCGCGGGGCCUCCGAGGCGCCUGGAUCCCCGGCCAGCCCUUCUGCCCCUUGCUUGCCCUGGACGCCCGGGGCCGAUCCCGCUGGCUGAGCUUCGUGGGCCGCCGUCCCGAGGGCCCCGUCUUGGUCCAGAGCGCCUGGGACCCCGAGGGAGGCUUGCUGGCUUGCGCUUGGAGGAGCGAGCCGUCCCUGAUCCGCUGGUACGAAGCCUUUUGCGGGGCUGCCGGCCUGGAAGAGACCCAGAUCGGGCUUCGGCGGGCCCUCUGGGGGACGGAGCUGCGGCGGAGGAUGGCUCUCUUGGAGGCAGAAGGGGACUCCUGCCUGGGAAGGGGCUCCAAGGGGGAUCGGGGCCUUCCUCCAGCAGCGGAGGGGCUCCGGAGGCGCCGUCGUCGGGGCUGGACCAUGCCAGGCACCCUCUGGUGCGGAGCUGGAGACUCGGCGGCGGGCGACUUCUCCCAGCUGGGGGUUUUCCAGGGUCCAGACGUUUGCUGUCGUGAGCAUGACCAAUGUGAAGCUCAGAUCUCUGCCCUGGGGUACAAGUAUGGGAUGCGGAACUAUCGUUUCCAUACCAUCUCUCACUGUGAUUGCGAUUUACGGUUCCGGCAAUGUCUGAUGACUCUCAACGACACCAUCUCCAACUUCAUUGGGCUCAGCUUCUUCAACUUGCUGGAGGUCCCCUGUUUUGUGCUGGAGGAGAGCGAGGAGUGUGUGGAGUGGCACUGGUGGGGCGGGUGUAAGACGUAUGGCCCAAUGCCCUUGGCUCGCUUGGUGGAGCAGAGCCACUACCAUCCCGUUGUAGCCCCGACUGAGCAGUCCAGCCUUGUCACCCUGCCACCUGGACCCGGAAGACAUAGGGGAAAAGGCCGGAAGCACAACCGGAAGAACCGCCGGAAUCGGAAACGCCUGAACCAAAAGGCCAGGGAGCGGAAGAGGCUACACCUGGAACACCCAGAAGCCCAGGUUCCUGGCACUGCUCUGAUCCCUGUCCAAUCUGAACCAGAUUGGAUCAGCUUCUCUCCAGCGGCCACAACCUCAGGACUGGUGCCUGUAAAUGGUGGGACAGUAGGGCUGCCCACCCUUGGGGCGCCAUUAGAACCAGGCCUGUUGAAGACAACAGCCGGCGAUCAGCAGAGGAAGCACCCCAAAAGCCAGGCAACCCAGACAGAAGUAACAGGGCCUCCCAGUGAGGCUGGGCAGAAGGAGGAGGCCUCCUUGGAGGUUGGGAGACAUAGCAUGACCAUUCUUUCUGGAAGCCAAGCCUCAGUGCAGAAUUGUAGCUGCUACCGGCGCCUGGAUCAGUGCCCUUACAGGAUUGGGCCACAUGAGGUCAAAUACCAACUGCACAACUUGGAUUCCCGCACCCUCUUUCACUGCAACUGUACCCGUCGGCUCGCGCGGUUCCUGCGGAAGAGAAAGGGUCUCAACGAAGUUGAAGGCCAAGUGCUGUCUGACUAUGUGUCCACCUCCUGUUUUGUCCUGCAGCCUCCUUUGGGAUGUCGGGAUGGACAAGAAGAGCAGCCCAAUUGCAUUGAUGUUGGCAGAGCAAUCCUGGUCCCUGCCCGACACCUCACCAACCAGCUGGCACACAAACAUUGGGGCACCUCCCUCAAGGUGAAACGCCAGGAACGGAAACCUCCAGACAGGUCCCUCCGCCUGUUCAAUAAAUGUAGGCAGUUGGCACGAGCUGCCCGCCAUGCUGUGCCCAGCCAAACCUAAGGGGCAGUCUUUGUCUCUCUCUGCCAGGAUGCAGAAGUGCAAAUCCAAGCACCCUCAUGGACUGAGCAUUCAAUAGCCCCAUGGCACAGGGCCUGGUGUCAUUUGAAGGCCACUACUUUGCUGCUGUUGAACUCUUUUGCCUGUGGCAUUGUCGGGAAUAGCAAGACUUACUUGCUGUUUGACUGAUGUGGGGGAUUCCAAAGCAGAAGGCACGAAUCCUACACCUGGGAUUGGAAGCUGGCCUGGCCUUACAGAGCGAGGCAACUUGAAAUCAGGACAGCCACCUGUCCUCAGAAAAUCCAUAAACUCCUCAUCCUCCGUGAUAGCCAUGGGCAUAUGCCAAUUGCCUAUGGAUGGUUCUGAAUGAGGCAGGUGGGAGGAUGCAGAAGGAGAGCCAUGACGCUGGGGGUGUCUUACUGUCUCCAUUCUCAAGGGAAGCCUUCAGCUUCUCAUGCACCAAGGAUUUCCCUCCAAGGGUGUAUUUCAAGGGCUCCUGUCCUGCACCACUGCACAUGUUGUUGGACUACAAAACUGCUGCAGUCCAAUAACAUCUGGAGGGCCACACAUCCUGGUUUACUUCAUGGGAUGUCCAGAUGUUACUGGCUUGCAACACCCAUCAGCCCUUACCAAUGGUGAAGAAUGGUAGGUGUUGAAGUCCAAUUUCCAAAAGCUCCUUGAUUGCAAGUCUCCCUGGCCCUCUUGGGGGGCUGCUUUGCACCCCCCGGGUAUGAAGAGUAGGGCAGGCACUCUGCAAUUUGCCAAUACAGUGGUACCCCGGGAUACGAAUGCGCCGCCUUACGAAAUUUCCGGGUUACGAAAAAAAUCUAUUUAAAAAAACUGUUCCGGGUUACGAAUGUUUUUUCGGGUUACGAAAAA